GAGAGCUGGAGAGAGCGAGAGCAAAGAGCGAGAGCCAGGGAGAGGAGAGGGAGGGAGACGAGAGAAAGACACACGCACGCAGAUACACACGGUCACUGGAAUUCCAUUAGAAAAAAGUGAGACGAGCAAGGGUUAGCGGGAGAAGAUUUUUUUUUGUUUGAAUCUUUUCUUCGUCUUGGUGCGAAAGAAGCGACUCCGGGCUCUCGUCCUCGAAGCUCCCACUGGAUUGUUCCUUGGCGCUAACACCCGUCGGUGGAUUUCUCUAUUUGCAUUUUAUUCUGACCCCCACCCUUGCUGCUUCCUUCCAGCCCUUCACUCUCAAAUCGCCUCUCCCCCACCUCCCCAGUCCGCUCCUGGGAAGCGCAGGGGAAUUGGACCCGCGGAGACUCGCGCCUUCCCGGAGCAGCGGAGGGGAGGACAGAGCGACGACCGGGCUCUCGGCUUGUAAAGCAGAUAUAUCCUCACAUACGUGUAUAUUUCAUUUUAGUGGGCAAGAAGGGCGUCGAGAGGCAGCCCACCGCCCUCCUUACCCCCCACCCCAGAGGCGAGAAUCGCAGGACUCGGGAUCUUCAUCGGGUGGACUAGCUUGGGAUCUCCGCAUUGGAUUUGGGGCUGAUUAUCACUGCUUGGCUAUUAUUAUUGUUGUUGUUAUUAUUUUUUUUUUACCCAAGGGAGAAAGAAAAAAAAAACACAAAAAACUGUGGGAUUUAUUUAACAUGAUCUUGGCAAACGUCUUCUGCCUCCUCUUCUUUUUAGACGAGACCCUCCGCUCUUUGGCCAGCCCUUCCUCCCUGCAGGGCCCCGAGCUCCACGGCUGGCGCCCCCCAGUGGACUGCGUCCGGGCCAAUGAGCUGUGCGCCGCGGAAUCCAACUGCAGCUCCCGCUACCGCACGCUGCGGCAGUGCCUGGCGGGCCGGGACCGCAACACCAUGCUGGCCAACAAGGAGUGCCAGGCGGCCCUGGAGGUCCUGCAGGAGAGCCCUCUCUACGACUGCCGCUGCAAGCGGGGCAUGAAGAGGGAGCUGCAGUGCUUGCAGAUCUACUGGAGUAUCCACCUGGGGCUGACCGAGGGUGAAGAGUUCUAUGAAGCCUCACCCUAUGAGCCGGUGACCUCCCGCCUCUCGGAUAUCUUCAGGCUUGCUUCAAUCUUCUCAGGGACAGGGGCAGACCCGGUGGCCAGUGCCAAGAGCAACCACUGCCUGGAUGCCGCCAAGGCCUGCAACCUGAACGACAACUGCAAGAAGCUGCGCUCCUCCUACAUCUCCAUCUGCAACCGCGAGAUCUCUCCCGCGGAGCGCUGCAACCGCCGCAAGUGCCACAAGGCCCUGCGCCAGUUCUUCGACCGCGUGCCGGGCGAGUACACCUACCGCAUGCUCUUCUGCUCCUGCCGAGACCGGGCGUGCGCCGAGCGCCGCCGGCAGACCAUCCUGCCCAGCUGCUCCUACGAGGACAAGGAGAAGCCCAACUGCCUGGAUCUCCGCGGCGUGUGCCGCACCGACCACCUGUGCCGGUCCCGGCUGGCAGACUUCCACGCCAAUUGUCGUGCCUCCUACCAGACGCUCACCAGCUGCCCUGCCGACAAUUACCAGGCGUGUCUGGGCUCCUACGCUGGCAUGAUUGGGUUUGAUAUGACACCCAACUACGUGGACUCCAACCCCACUGGCAUCGUGGUGUCCCCCUGGUGCAGUUGUCGUGGGAGUGGGAACAUGGAGGAGGAGUGUGAGAAGUUCCUGAGGGACUUCACCGAGAACCCGUGCCUCCGGAAUGCCAUCCAGGCCUUUGGCAACGGCACGGAUGUGAACCUCUCCCCUAAAAGCCCCUCAUUCCAGGCCACGCAGGCCCCUCGGGUGGAGAAAACACCUUCUUUGCCAGAUGACCUCAGUGAUAGCACCAGCCUGGGGACCAGCGUCAUCACCACCUGCACAUCUGUCCAGGCCCAAGCCCUUGGGAAAGCCUUAGAGACCCCCUUCACUGACCCAGAGAUGGCAGCGAGUUGGGGAUCCCACAUAAGUGAUUGGACAUUAGGACAAGAGGGCCUUUUGACAUCUCCUUCUCAAGCCCCAAAGUAUGGAAGCUUGGAACAGGGGCUAAAACCCAAUAACUCCAAAGAGUUAAGCAUGUGCUUCACAGAGCUCACGACCAAUAUCAUCCCAGGGAGUAACAAGGUGAUCAAACCUAACUCAGGCCCCCGCAGAGCCAGACCGUCGGCUGCCUUGACCGCUGUCUCCUUCCUGAUGCUGAAGCUGGCCUUGUAGGCUCUGGGACCCAUGUCGGGGGAUUUCCGGAAACUACGCAGAUGAGAACACCCGCCUGGCAACAUGGAAACACACACACACACACACACACACACACACACACACACAUCUUGCAAAAAAAAAUUUUUCCCCACCGUGUCUCUGAACCUGUCUCCUCCCAGAUUUCUUCUCUGGAGAAGUUUUUCUAAACCAAACAGACAAGUAGGCGGGCAGCCUGAGAGCUGGCCCAGAGGUCCCUCGGCAAGGGAAACCCAGUGCUGAGGAGGGUGCAAGGGUCUAGAAAUGCCCUUCGUUUUCUCCCGGUGUUUUCUUCUCUGGACCUCGCUGACAUAAAAGACCAAGAUGGCAUCCCUGUGGCCUGAGGGACUGGAACUGUGCUGAUGUGAACUGGGGCCAGGGAUCCCCACUGGUGGCUUGGCAGAGGGCAUCGGGCAGCAAAGCAGCCAGGCUGGCUGCUGGGGGUCCAGCUGGGCACCUCAGCACCUCCACUCGGUUUCGAGCAUGGAGUUUGUUUUGUGCUCUGUGUCUGCAUCUGAACUGAGAACCCCCAGUGAUGCCUGUGGAGGGUGUGGUACCAGGCCCUCCGACUGUGGCAUGGAGGGAGUACUGGGGCCAGCUCCAGGGAGCUUGGGAGCUCAGCCCUCUGGGGACAUCCCCUUGGGCAGAGGGAGCAAAGCUUGGGCACCAGCUCAAGGCUGCUGCUUCCUGCUUGGUGGCAGGAAUUUUGAAAUCAAAGAGAAAUGAUCCAUCAUUGGCUCUUUUGGUUUCUUGUGGGUUCAUUUGGUGGGUCUCCCACCAGGGAGAGGGGCAGAGAAGAACAUGGCGGGACACCUGCUGGCACUGUGCUUCACUGGCCGCAGCUCUCUCCUCCUCUCGGCCCCCUGUUCCUCUUUUCCACAUUCUCUCCUCAUUUCCCAGACAAGCGCCAACUGUAUGUACAUAACACAACUCCUUUCUCAACAUAUAUGUAUAUAUAGAUCCAUAUACAUAUAUUGUGUGGUUUCCCCUUUUUUCCUUUUUUUAAGAAACAAAACUAUCGAAAUAAUACCCCAACAGAUGAGCGAAAAUGUAUUAUUGUAAAGUUUAUUUUUUUUAACAAUGUUGUCUAUAAUGGGAAAAAAAGGAGAUUGACUCCCUGUGUCUCUGCCUCUGUCAGGCUGACUGGGCUGUGGAAGGGGGUUCCUGAUCCGUAUUCAUACUUAGCCAAGGCUCCAAUAAACAUACUAGGAAGCAAUUUGC